AUGUCUGGCCUCUCAUUACUCGCGCAGCCGCCGCAUGCAAAUCUCCACUACACUUGUGCCCGUACCCUAGUACUUGUACCAUUGCGAACCUCGCUCUUGCCUUUCGUGCUCCCGUCCUCACCCUCCCAAACCGCCGCCCGCUACAUUCCAUCCACUGGUACUACGCCAAGUGGAACCCACAUUCACUUCCCGCCUCCUCGUAUCAUACCUACCUUCGCAGUACACGUGGCUGCCACGCCCCACACGUGGUUUGUCAACGGAUACUCUAUGCGUCUCUAUUGGCUGUGCUUAACGGCUCUCGAACCCACCUAUCCGCAUCGCCCUUCCCCCACCCGUUACAUCUCACGUCCGAUCCCUCCCGUGACUCGUCCGUUUUUAGAUCGCUGCCCCCUCCAAUCCUCCUACUUAAACCAAUCCGCCUUUCACUCUAGCCUUGCCCUUCCUCCCUCCCCACACUUUCUUGCCUACCUACCUCCUCCACCCCCUCUACCUCCUCCCGCCUCUCUCGCUUUCCCAUUCAAACACCUGCCUGGACCAAAAUGUCUUCAGCCAUGCAAUUCUCGUCCGAGGACGACUUCAAUAACUUCGCCGCCCCCGUACCGAAUGCCCCCCUUCCCCGCUGGAAACGCAAGGCCCUCGAAGCCUCGCACGCCGCCAACCGUCCUGCCACGCCGUCCAACUCCAAAUCCCGCCACGCAAAGACCCCCAAGUCAGCUCACUCUGCCAAGCGCGGCAGAACGCCCCGCGCAGACCGCUUCAUUCCCAACCGCUCUGCUAUGGACAUGGACAUGUGCCGCCUUGCCCUUACUUUCGACGCCGGCAAGGAGAAUGGCUCCUCGCAACCAACACCUGACGGCAUGUCCCCGUCUAGAGCCGCCGAGAUCGACGUCGUCAGACAACGCCAAUCCGCUGGGUACAGCUCCGUCCUUGCAUCCUCGCUCUUGGAUAUCCCAGCCACCCCGAAUGUAUCCGCCGACCUUGGUGAUCAUGGUGGCAGCAACAUCCUUGGCAGUAAGAUUCUGGCCUUCAGUGGCAAGGCACCGGAGCCGAAGGAAGGAUACCGCAACACCAACCGCGUCUUGUAUUCGCAGAACGCCAUGGGCCCCGCCGUGCGCCGCAACAAGUUCAGAUACAUCUCGAAGAACCCUGAAAAGAUCCUAG